UAUUCAUGGAGAAAUUUCCGCUUGAAGUUUGUGCAAUGCAAGAUCUAGGAGAGAGUGCAUUUAAAUCGCGAUACUCGAGAAUACGGCGGGAUUGUCAAAAACUUGGCGUGAAGGCUACAACUGAAUGUUACAUAGUUUUAAAAAAAUCUUAGGAAUAUCAAAUGGCCUAACUUUUCACAGUGAAAUUGAAAGGCUUCUUUGUUAGAAAGCGUGUAGUUCCACCUUCUGUUACGACUUGAAUGGAUCAACAUGGAGGAACAGCUAGAGCUCGGAAAAAGCUACGAGAAGGUCGUGACUUUGAAGAAGAAGCACGGGAAAUGUGGAUCAUACACACAUAACGACGGAAGUCUAUUCAUUGGCGAUUUCGACGAGAAUGGAGUCAAAUCAGGAAUGGGACACCUGGAGGUACCCAAUGGUUCCACAUACGAUGGUCAAUUUCAAAAGGGCCUGCCCAACGGAGUUGGCAUUAUGAGGUUCCCGGAUAGUUCCCGAUAUGAGGGCGAGUUCAUGCAAGGAUGGUUUCACGGACACGGAGUGUUUCAGACGAUUGGGGGAAUGAAAUUCGAGGGGGAAUUUCGAGGAGGCCGGAUCUGGGGAAACGGAUUGCUGACUUUCAACGAUGGCAAGGUCGGGUCUGAGGGCUAUUUCCAGGAUUCACGGUUCUCUCGGGAUGGCGUGGCCAAAGAUGAUAUCAAGAAAUCAAGGAAGAUUGCCAAUUUCGCCCGAAGAAUUUGCAAUGAGACUUCAUACGAUGUAGGCAAUGGUUGGAAAACGGAGGAACAAGAACAGAACGAAGCCAUCGAAGUGGGUGCCGAUAUCUAAUCGAAAUAGUACUGGUACACCGCUAGCCAACAAUUUGAAUCAAUCAAAUUUCUAAUAAACUUGCAAGGUUUAUUCAUCCUAUGCU